UGAAAGUGACAGGUAUAUCGCUUUGAUCACAUGUGUAUUACAUAAAGUAUCACAAUUGCAUCCGUGCAUACACACGCUCGUAUAAUAUCGCAUGAAAAUAAACAGCCCGAUCUUUCCUGAUCAUUCGCCUCGCGAAGGUACAUCCACAAAAUCCAUAGACUACGCGCUCAUAAUUCAUGAACAAAAAAAGCGGAUGAACCAAGCAGUAAGAGGAAGCAGCGGACCCUCUUAUGGAAAUCACUGCUUCUACAAAGUUUACCCUUCACAUUCUGUAACGAUCGUUUGACCUCUUAUUUCCACGAAGAGAAGUAACCGCGAAGUAGUAACAGGAAAAAAGCAGUUAAGGCGCAGUCGCGACAUAUGGCUUUCCAUGAUCGAACUUGAACGCAACCCCGUCAGUAGCUGAUGAACCUUUGCGCGCUUCGAAGGUACAGAAAGGCCCUAUGUCCCGGAAAUCGAGCGACUCGAAAAUCAUGGUCUCGACCGUCCACGAUUAUAAGAAGGACAUGCAACUGAGCAUUCAGCUGAAUCGCUGGAUAAUGAAGCCGAUCGGCGUUUGGCCACGAUCAAUUGAGAUUUCGUGGGCAGAAAGAUCCGUAUACAUGUUGGUGAAUGUAAUUUGCAUCAGCUUAAUUAGUUUCCUCUUAAUCCCCUGCGCCAUGUACAUUACAUUGGAGGUUGAAGACACUUACGAUAUGCUGAGAUUGUCCGGGCCGGUGAGCUUUUGCUUUAUGGCCAUCAUCAAGUACUCCUCACUCAUCUGCCACGAGGAUGAUAUCCGCAGGGGUAUCGAGCACAUCGAGAAAGACUGGAUGAACACGCGACAUUACGGUGACCGGAAUAUCAUGAUUAGAAACGCCAAGUUUGGCCGUUGCCUCGUCGCAAUCUGCGCGUUCUUCAUGUACGGCGGCGCCGUAUUUUAUUAUCUUGCUAUGCCGUUCAGUCACGGCAAGAUCACGGAACUUGAUAGCAAUUUCACAUACCGGCCGCUUGUGUACCCAGUUGCUAAAGUGCUUAUAGACGCGCGGUACAGCCCCAUCAGCGAGAUUUUCUUCUGGUUGCAGUGCGUUUCAGGAUUCCUCACACAUUCCAUCACGACCAUUGCUUGCAGCCUAGCAGCGGUGUUCGUGAUGCACGCUUGUGGCCGCAUGAAGGUUCUCACGAAAUGGAUCGAACAUUUGGUGGACGGUCGAGAGGAUUUCGGCAGUGACGUGGACGAGAGACUAGCGAUGAUCGUGCAGCAGCACGUUCGAGUGUUACGUUUCAUAUCGCUAACGGACAGGAUACUACGCGAAAUAUCUGUCAUGGAAGUUGUAGGAUGUUCUUUACAGAUGUGUUGUCUUGGAUAUUGUAUUAUCAUGGAGUGGGAAACGGGUGAACUCACGAAUUAUGUGACGUAUACUAUUAUUCUCAUAUCAUUGACCUUCAAUAUUUUCAUAUUUUGUUACAUUGGCGAGCUGGCAGCUAAGCAGUGUAAAAAGAUCGGCGAAGUAUCGUAUAUGAUCGAGUGGCAUCGGUUACCAAGAAAGGAAGGUCUCGCUAUCGUCUUGAUGAUCAUCAUAUCCAAUUCGUCCGCCAAACUUACCGCUGGAAAUCUUUUCGAGUUGUCGCUCAGUACAUUCGGUGACGUAAUUAAGACGUCUGUUGCCUACUUAAAUAUGUUACGCACACUAACGAUGUAAAAUUUUCGCGAAACGUGAAGUAUAGUAUAGACUGAUGCAAGAAUUAAUUGCGAGUAAAUGUCAAUUAAUUAUCUGACAUCAUACCGGUGAAAGUAAGAGAAAUGAGAUUAGUAAAGGGAAUGGAAAUUUAAUAAAUAGAAAACUUGAGUAUUACAGAAGAGUAUACAGAAAGUAAAUAUACUUAAAAAAUCGAACUCGAAUCUAUAGUUUUUUGCAAACCCUCCUUAAUCUCCAUGUGAUUUAAUUCGUGAUAAAAGAUUAAAUGACGCGGAUUCAGAGGAAUAGAAAUAAUUUUAUUUUUCUUACCAGUAAACGAAAGGUAUGAGCCGAUUUCAUAUAUUUCUUUUACAAGCAGAUUUUGGCACUAUUUCAGCACACUUCUUUUAAUAUCACUUUCAACAUAUACUGAAUAUUUGGGUAGCCUUGUACUUUUACAAACCCUUAAAUUUUGAAGGCAACAAGUAUGUUGCUUUGAUCACAUGUGUAUCACAUAGAGUAUCAUAAGUCCAUCCACAAUACGUGCAUACAUACGCACGCUUGUACAAUAUCACAUAUCCAUGAAAAUAAAGGUGUACAAUCUUUCCUGAUCACUCGUCUUGCGAAGGUACUUCCGCAAAAAUCAUAGACUGUGUGUUCAUAAUUCACAAGCAAAAAAUAACGUACUAACCAAGAAGUAAGAGGAAGUAACGGACCCUCUUACGGAAACCACUGCUUCUAUAAACUUUACCCUUCAUAUCCUGUAACGGUCGUUUAAUUGCUUCUUUCCACGAAGAGAAGUAACCGCGGGGUAGUAACUGGAAAAUAGUUACGGCGCAGCCGCGAUGUAUGAUUUCCCAUGUUCGAACUUGAACGCAACUCUGUCAGUAGCUGAUGAACCUUUGCGCGCUUCAAAUAUACAGGAAGGCCUUAUGUCCCAGCAAUCGAGCGACUCGGAAAU